UGGUAAAAGUCCAUUCAAAGCAGAUGAUAGUAAAAGAGAGCGCGCAAACAGCUCCGACGUUUUCUUGAACAGUCAGCACAGAUAUGAUGACGGAUGCAGUAGAGUCAGACAGAAGGGUUUCUCCUCUGAAGAACUUUUUGGCUGGAGGGGUCGGUGGUGUCUGUCUAUUAUUCGCUGGACACCCGCUGGACACUAUCAAGGUCCGUCUGCAAACACAGGAAUGUGUUGUCUACAGAGGAACAUAUGACUGCUUACGAAAGACUGUGUCCAAAGAGGGAAUAUUUGGCUUGUAUAAAGGGAUGGGUGUCCCGCUAGCCGGUGUUACCCCAAUGAUGGCUUUGAAUUUCUUUGGCUUUGGGCUGGGAAAGGAACUUCUGCAAAGUGACCCCACCAUACCAAUCACGAACACACAGAUCUACUUGGCGGGAAUGCUGGCAGGAGUAUUCACCACUGUGAUCGUGGCCCCGGGCGAGAGAAUCAAGUGUUUACUACAGAUCCAGUCCUCGGCCAGUCAGCUGAAGUACGCUGGACCAGUGGAUUGUGCACUGAGACUUUAUAAGGAACAGGGAAUUCGCAGUGUCUACAAGGGCGCUGUUCUUACUCUAAUCAGAGAUGUGCCUUCAAAUGGUGUAUACUUUCUAACUUAUGAAUACUUAAAAAAGUUUCUGACCCCUGAGGGAGAGUGUGUUCAUCACCUCAGCACAUCCAGAGUUCUUCUUGCAGGAGGGAUUGCUGGCAUGUUAAACUGGCUGAUUGCUCUGCCUGCAGAUGUGCUUAAGUCAAACUACCAAACAGCCACAGACGGGCGUUACCGGGGUUUGAGAGAUGUGUUAAAAACACUGUUACGGGAGGAAGGAGCCCAUGCUCUCUACAAAGGCUUGAGCGCAGUCAUGUUACGAGCAUUUCCUGCUAAUGCGAUCGAUGCAGACACAACACUGUAGAACAACAGACGCAAAAACUAACAGUGCUUAGAGGCUCCAGUGUAGGUCUGAUGGGCCCCAUAAACUGCUGGUUAGAGAACUUGUUAUACGAUGACCAGGGUAGGAAAAACAAGGUACCCUGUUCUGAUUCACACUUACAGGUGACAUUGACACUGAAAUACUGGCAAAUCUAAAUUGUUUACAAACAUUUUCUUACAACUGCAACAGCACAACUUACAACUUACAACAGCAUUUUUUAAUAGGUCAAAGAUACAUUUUCCCUUCUACAUUUGAUUAUCAACAGAUUCUGAAUGCUAAAAUGAGUGUUAAUAUGUUUUGAAAUGUUCUUUUCUUAAUAGUGUUACUCUCUCUGUUUGUCCUGCUUGCAGGCUUGUUUUCUAGGCUUUGAGGUUGCGCUAAAGUGCUUGAACUACAUUGCUCCAGACUGGUGAUUUCACAGUUACAGAUGAGGGAUACUGUACGACUGAUAUUUGAAUACCUUUUUUCUAUGUAGCACUGUUUUACAGCCCUUUUUGGUGUCAUUUUAGACAUUUUUCAGUUGCAUGUCUUCAGUAAGGGGCAAAAAAACUUUGUUUUUGGAUUUGUAUUUUUCUUAUACCAUAUAAUUUAGAACAGAUGACAGAAUUCUGUACCUUAUCCAAAGCAAGUUUACAGUAACGUAUGUUACUUUUGAAUGAUGCUCUCUUACAUGUCUCUUAUUUGUUAUCUUAUGCUAAUUAUUUUCAAUUUAAUAAUUAUAAUAAUAAUAUUAUAAAGGCAAAGAUAAAAAUUAAUAACAUGUCAUUUUUAAUUUCUGGAUGUUUGAAAUGUAUUGGUUUUGCAUUAAAACCAUGUCUUAAAAAUCGUUUUGAAUACAUUAAUGGAACUGUCAUGAAAAGGUAGAAGAAAAAUAAUGCAUUAACUCUCAUGUGAGAUUAUUUUCUACUUCUGUGUAUAAAAAUAAUUGUAGUAAUUGUAGACCAAUUACUAUGUGUGCAAAUCACAAUCUCUGUAUCGUACUGUAUAUUAAAUUAAAUUAAAUUUAUGCAUUUAGCAGACGCUUUUAUCCAAAGCGACUUACAGUGCAUUCAGGCUAUCAAUUUUUACCUAUCAUGUGUUCCCGGGGAAUCGAACCCCCAACCUUGCGCUUUGUAACGCAAUGCUCUACCACUUGAGCUACAGGAGCACUACUAUUAACUACUACUAUUAUUAUUAUUAUUAUUAUUACUACUAUUGUAUAUAUAGUUGGUUACCUUUAAAACAGGUCACUUGCAUCUCUGUGUAAACUACAUGAUAACAAAUUUAUUUAAAAUGAAAAACUGUAAUAUCACUCUGAUGUAAGUAUUUCAGAGUAAGAUUCUUUAUUCUUUUGGGUGUGAUGCAUCAAGCUUUACAUACCUGGAGUUCUGAAUCAAAAACAAUGUCUCUGUAAUAUUAACAGUGAAAUAAAUAAUGGUGGAGAUCUAAUGCUCCCUUCAAUUUCAGCUUGUUCUUAGGGAAACUUUAGUUUUAAAGUAGUUUUAUUAAAUGGUAUUAUAACUCCUUUGGUAUGGUCAGGUGGGGGAACAUGUACAAAUAGCAACAGAUUUAAGCAUCAUUGUAGAUGAUUUGCAAUAAGGAGUUAAAUAAUGGAAUAAAGUGGUCAUUAAAAAUCAAUAAAAGAUCAUUUUGAAUAAGGAGUUGAACAAGGAAAACUAAUAAUAGAACAUUUAGAAUAAUUUAGAAUAAGGAGUUUGUUUGCCAGUGAUGUUAAACAACCUUUUUCCCCCUGAUGCCACUUUUGUUAAUGCAAACCCUGAAAGUAUAAUGUGAGUGAGUUUAUAUGGUGACAGCUGUCCCUUAAGGCCCAUUCUGUAGUGUGAAACUUAUUAGGAGACAACUUAUUUAUAUUAUUAGUGAAAAAAAUAAAAAAGUAUUAAACCAAUCUUUAGAAAUGUUACUAUUUAAGUCUUAAGUGUUUGAGUUGUGAGGCAUGGAAGGGUGGCCCUGUACAGGAGGGCUAGUAUCUGCACACACAACACAACUGUCAAAUGUCAAAAACCUAUACAUGAUCCUAGUUAUCACAAUUAGUGGUUGAAGACAGGGAGUAUUUGUUGUACUUUUUUUUUUUAAAUCAAGUGUAAAUUCCUAAAUCAGUAUUCCAGGCCUUGACAAUCCAUUAUUUUUUAAUAUACUGCCUAUUGGGGAAAACCACUGACCAAUCAAAUCGUGUAUUACCCAGUAAAUAUUAAUCUGUGGUAUUUCAUUUUCAUUUAUGUAUUUCACCCCAAUAAAUAAAGAAACAACAAACAUUUCUGAAGGACUGUGUGAAUAUAAUGAAUGCUGAAAAUUUAGUAUUGCCAUCACGAUUACAUUGUUAAUUUCUUUAAAUGCAUUAAAAUAGAAAACAGUUUUGAAAUUUACAUUGUAAUGUAAUUUUUUAUUUUUUGGAAAUGUUAACCUCUCACUCCCUCAUUUGUUUCUCCACUAGAAGUUAGUAAUGUAUGCUGGAGCAAAUGGCUUCCCACUGCUCCAGAUAUAUUUAUCAAAUAGAAGCUUAUGUUGGGGAAUUUUUAUCGACCUCAGCUCCUCUCACCUGUGGUGUCCCGCAAGGGUCUAUUCUUGCCCUGCUACUUUUCUCUUUAUAUAUGCUCCCUUUGGGGUCCAUUUUUAAGAAGAAUAAUGUUUCAUUUCACUGUUAUACAGACGAUACGCAGAUCUAUUCACCAUUAAAACAGAAAAAUAAGAAUGCUCUUACUCCUAUUUUAGAAUGUUUAAAUGAUAUAAAAGCCUGGAUGUCCUUAGAUUUCUUAAAACUUAAUGAAAAUAAAACAGAGAUUAUUAUUUUUGGGCAGAGUGAGACUGUUAAUCUUGGCCCUCUGGUCUCGUAUAAUAAGAUGGUGGUGAAAAAUCUGGGUAUUUUAUUUGAUAAAACUUUUAAAUUUGAUAAGCAAAUAAAUGCUGUCGUUAAAUCCAGCUUUUUUUCACUUGAGACUUCUGGCUAAAGUUAAGAUAUUUCUCUCUUUUAAAGAUCUUGAGAAAGUCAUCCAUGCCUUUAUUUUUUUCAAGGCUUGAAUAUUGUAAUUCUCUGUACAUAGGAGUCAGCCAGAAAGCGUUGUUGCGUCUGCAGGCAGUUCAAAAUGCAGCAGCUAGGAUGCUAACAGGCACUCGAAAAUGAGAACACAUCACUCCAAUCUUAUUUUCUCUACAGUGGUUGCCAGUACGUUUCCAAAUAGAAUUUAAGCUUUUAACGUUUGUUUUUAAAUCAUUAAAUGGUUUGGCACCGCCUUACCUCACAGACCUUCUACAACGACACAUGCCUAGAUCCCUUAGGUCCUCUGAUCAGCUGCUUCUAAUUGUUCCUGGAUCUAGAUUAAAACUUAGGGGUGACCGGGCUUUUUCGGUAGUUGCACCUAGACUGUGGAAUUGUUUAUCUCUGCAUGUUAGAGCAUUUCUUUUAAUUCAAAUGGGCAUUGAAGAGUGUCACUGAACUUUUUGUUUUUACUCUGAAUUUAUCGUUGUAUGUUGUUGUUUUUUGUUUUGUUUUUUCCUACUUUUUUUGUACAGCACUUUGGGCAGCAGCUGUUGUAUUGAUGUGUGCUUUCAAAAAGUGAAAUAAACAAACAAACAAACUAACUAAAAAAAAAUAAUAAUAAUAAUUAUUAAACCAUGGUAACCACAAAUUAACCAUGGUUUUGAUUCACUUACCUCAGUUUAACCAUGGUAUUUGUACUAAAAAUGUGCUUUUACAAAUGGCAAUAAAUACGCCCCCCCAAAAAACUUUUACUAUAACAAAACCAUGCUUAUUUUCAUAAGUGUUCAUUCAGCAA